AUGGCGACUGCUUUUGGCGUUAGAUUGGUCGACUCGUUGAGUGGAAGAAUCGAAGGUUCGAAAAGUGUGCAAAAGUGUAUGUGUGGGCUGGUGUGGGAAGCGAGAGCCCUUAGCGUCUUGGCAUGGUCGUUUGGCGCUAAGCGCAGAGCCGCGUCUCGAUCACGACUCCGACUCCCGUGCCACCAGAACGAUAGAGUUGGAGAACCUGCUUUAGCUGGAUUCUCCAUUACCUAUCUACGGGCGCAUAAGCUUCGAAAAGUGAAUGAUCAAGUAGGGGAGUUCGUCUUCUACUGUUUCACUACAUUCUUUGGUUUAAUUCCCAAGUCGCAUUCGUGCGCAUUGCCCAGCCAACAUGGCCGCCAACAAGCAGGGCAAGAUGCUGACACUCUCAUCAACUAUCGGAUGAGGAUUACCCUGACCGACGGCCGACAGAUGACGGGACAAAUGCUCGCCUUUGAUAAGCACAUGAACCUCGUACUCGCAGACACAGAAGAAUUCCGCCGCGUCAAGCGGAAGUCCAAGCCCGCUGCUGGGCCGUCAAACGCUCCCCUGGUCGAAGCGGAAGAGAAGCGGACUCUCGGCCUCACAAUCGUGCGCGGCACUCACGUCGUUUCCUGCUCCGUUGAUGGCCCACCUCCCGCCGAACCCUCCGCGCGACUUGGAACAGGUGCGCCCGGUGCAGCUGCAGCUGCCACUCUUGCUGCUGGCCCAGGAAUAAGCAAGCCCGCUGGACGAGGCCUUCCUGUCGGCCUGGGAGGCCCUGUUGCUGGCGUUGGAGGACCACCACCGCCCCCUGGCGGCUUCGGUGGUUUCCCACCCGGUGGAUUCCCUGGAGCACCUCCUCCCGGAUUUGCUGGCCGUGGAGGACCCCCUGGUGGACCUCGUAAGUUUCUUUCAUUUUUGAAGAGCUUUCCGUUCCAAAGCGAAGCUAACCAUCCAUUCUUAGCUGGCUUCGGUCCCCCACCUGGCUUUGCGCCUCAAGGUGGUCCUCCUGGUGCUUUCCAGCCUCCACCAGGCUUUCAACCUCCCGGUCAGGGUCGGGGUUACCCUCCUCCAGGCUUUGGUGGUAGAUGA